AUGAAGUUGUCCCUUGCUGGAUGCAGCUUUAACCGCAACCCAAUGACCCACGACGCUGUUGCUGGUAUUUCCGAAGUGGUCACUAUAACCGAAAGUAUGAGAAUGAAAUCAAUGCCCACGGAUAUCAGCGGUGAAGAGAGCUGGCGAAACAAGUCGUACGCAUUGAUAGACUUUGGAUCAGCUUGUCUCCUCGACAGCGGAAGAAAGCUAUUCUCUCGUGCUUACCCCAUAGCUUACAGAGCGCCAGAGGUCGCAGUUGAAGCUGGUUGGGAUACUGCGGCGGAUAUCUGGGCAGCAGGGUGCAUGCUUUUCAGCAUGCUCACCCACUUCAAUUUGUAUCCACCGGCGACAGACGAUAAAACUCUCCCUGUACUUCAGAUGCAGCUUUUUGGCAACCUUCCGCCAGAUCUUAUUGCAUGUAGCAAGAAGAGGGACGUGUUCUGGGAGGAAAAUGGUGACAUUUAUGCUCCAUUCCGAAUCACAUAUCCGUCCUUCGACGAACUGUUGCAGCAAGCGGCGCCUCUGAUGACGCCACAGUGUUCCGACUUCCUUCGCCGUAUGCUGACGGUGGAUCCCGGAAAGCGCGCGACCGUCCAAGACUUGCUCGGACAUCCUUGGCUCGCCGCUUAA